ACAGCAAACCAACUCAUACCGUUUGAUUCUCCCGUGCUGUUGGGUGCGUUGGGCACAGCUAGACGAAAGCCCUUAAAGACGCAGUUAUUCCGUGAACAUGAAUAGACACCCUCCAGAAUCGUCGCGAGUGUAGACCGACCGUUUUACGUAGGUUGUGCGUGUGCGGGCUUGUGAAAGUAUGGAACAACGAAUACAAAGUGCUGUGUUGUGUGCGGGAUGAUGCAAUGUGCGCGAAUACAAGCCGUCCGAUACAAACAACGCAGGCCACUAUGAUUCGCGAAAAUUCUAUUGUGCAUGUUUUGACGUGAAAGUGGUUUGUUGCAUUGCGCACUGUGCUGCCCCGGGAAUGUGUGUGAAUGUGGGACAAAAGGCCAGCUAGCCGCCCAUGUAACGCCGCCCUUGAAACAUUUCCUCGAAAACAAUGGAAGAACGAGUACUUUGCCUCUAAACUUGGAGAGAGUGUUAUUAUUUUGACCAACUUUAUUUUCCUGCUGCCUAUGCAAAGGCAAAACAAAACUGACUUCAUUUUUCCACCGUGCGAACGCAUAGAAAACUGUAAAACCAAAGGUCACUGUAAAGCGUCCAAUUUUUUAGUAGAAUCUAGAAAACCAAGUGCUUACAAUACAACAGAAUACGACAGCGGCAGAGCGAGAAAACAACAUGUACGGGAAGGUGCAAGUGUGUGUGUUGCUUCUGCUGGUGGCGGCUGGUGGAUCCACGGCGGAAGAAAAAAUUGCGUCUCCCUCCUCGUUGUCUCAGCAGCAGGACUGCACAGCCGUUGCGAAGGAUGAAGAGACGAUGCUCGUGUUUUCCACCCUCGGCGGGGGCCUGACCGCGAUCGAUCCACUGACGGGAGAAACGCGCUGGUCCAUCGCAGACGAGCCGGCGAUCCGUGUGCCUGCGCCGUCCGACACGUCUGCCCACUAUCUGCCCGAUCCGCGCGACGGAAGCCUGUAUCGUAUGAAUGGGCUCGAGGGUGGCCUGAAAAAGCUCCCGUACACCAUCCCCCAGCUGGUGGCCAGUGCACCGUGCCGGUCAAGCGAUGGCAUCCUGUACUCCGGCAAGAAGAGCGACGUCUGGUUCCUGAUCGAUCCCAAGACGGGCCAGCGGGAGAAGGUGCUCGGGUUUGGGGGAGCGCCACCGCAAGCAGCGUCCAAAGACGCCGACGGCACGGACUCGAUUGGCUGGGCGACGUCCCGCGCAGUGUAUCUGGGCCGCACGCAGUACACCGUCAUGAUGUACGACAGUCUCGCUACCGAUCGGAACAGCAAGCCGUGGAAUGUGACGUUUUUUGACUAUUCGGCCCAUUCGAUGGCACCGGAGCUGACCAAAGAGUACGAGUUCCUACACCUUACCAGCAGCUCGUCCGGGUUGACGGCCACGUUUGAGCAGAACAAAGGGACACCGAUGUGGCAGAAGGAUCUUUCCAGCCCGGUGGUAGCCGUUUUUCUGCUCGGUUCGGAGGGACUGCUGAGCGUGCCGUUUCAGACCGUGUCCGACGAGGUGCUGCAGGAGAUAAAUGAAAGAGCCGAGAGCGGCAAUUUUGACGACAUGAAACUAUUUGAAACCGUGUACAUUGGCGAAGCUGGCAACAAUUUGUACGCCAUACCAUCGCUGGUAGACAAAAACACCGCCACACUGCCCUCGGAACCGUCGAUCAAUUUGUUGGGUGGUCCGCUAAAGAGACGUCCGGCAUCGUCACCCUCGUCGUCUGCUGCAUUGAGUGAAAACAAUCAAGAUGAUGCGCCUGGGCGAGGGCUCAUUUCGAAAGCCAGUCGCCUUGGAGGGAAGAAUGAAAACAUUAUAAUACUGGGCCACUACCAGACGCCAAAGACGGACGAUAGCAUAAAGCUGGAUAUCGCGCCAAGUGGUCCAGCCUCGAUGGGGAAAGGUUUGUGGAAGCAUCACGAACUAUCCACCAUGCUGGUCGGUGGACCGCCGGGAGUAGCUUUACCCAAGCUGAAAACACCCAAACGCCCCCAAAGUACUAUCGGCGUACCGACGGACGACGACGACGACGACGACGGAGAGCAUGAGCUCGAAUAUGGAGAAACGAACGAAACGAACUCGAUGAAGCUGCAGGGCAGCACAGACUUUAUAAGAGCGUUGUUCAGCCGGUUCUAUAUGGACACCAAACUGUGGCUCGACGCACAGCCGAACAAGCUGCCCACGAUUCUGCUCAUCACGCUGUUCGGCUUGGUUGUCUUCGGCUUUUACUAUAUCAAUCUUCAGAUGAAAGCGCUGAAGGAGCAGAGCCAGCAAGGUUCGCAAACGAGCAACUCGAACAGAAGUUCGGGCGGGAGUGGAGGAAGCGGCAGCGGUAGCUAUAGCGAGCCGAUGGAUUUCGGCGACGGCGAGAUGCGCGUGGGCAAGAUCAACUUCAACACGCAGAAUGUGCUGGGGAAGGGCUGCGAAGGAACGUUCGUGUUUCGGGGGAUGUUCGAGAAGCGCGAGGUGGCGGUGAAGCGCAUCCUGCCCGGCUGUUUCACCCUGGCGGACCGUGAAGUGACGCUGUUGCGCGAGAGCGAUGCGCAUGAGAAUGUGGUGCGGUACUUCUGUACCGAGCAAGAUCGCCAGUUCCGGUACAUCGCGGUGGAGCUGUGUGCGGCGACGCUGCAAGACUACGUGGACGGUAAGGGCACCUCGACGGUGGUCGCCGCCAACACGGUAACGGUGGGGCUGCUGCGCAAGAAAAUAUCCGCCCUAGACAUCCUCAGGCAGGCGACGAGCGGGCUGAUGCAUCUGCAUUCGCUCAGCAUUGUGCACCGGGACAUUAAGCCGCAGAACAUUCUGCUCUCGCUGCCCGACAACAGGCAGCGCGUCCGGGCGAUGAUAUCCGACUUUGGCCUAUGCAAAAAGCUCAACUACGGCAAGGCGAGCUUCUCCCGCCGGUCCGGUGUGACCGGUACGGACGGUUGGAUCGCGCCGGAAAUGCAGCGUGGCCAGCGGGCGACCACCUCGGUGGACAUCUUUUCGCUCGGCUGCGUUUUUUACUACGUGCUAUCGGACGGAUUUCAUCCCUUUGGCGACAAUCUGAAGCGGCAGGCAAACAUCCUGUCCGACGAGUUCGAUCUCGGCAUGCUGCGGAGAGAAAACUCACAACCCGACUGCCGCACGAUACUGGCCGAAGAGCUGGUCACCGAUAUGAUACGGUCGGAACCGGGCAAGCGACCCUCCGCCAAAGCCGUCUCCAGGCAUCCGCUGUUCUGGAACAACGGCCGAAUACUCGCGUUCCUGCAGGACGUCAGCGACCGGGUAGAAAAGCUGGAAGUGAUGACCGAACCGCUGCGAUCGCUGGAGAAAAACGCACGCUUUGUAGUGCGUGAGGACUGGAGCCGAUAUCUGGAUGCCGAAAUUACAGCCGAUUUAAGAAAGUUCCGUGGCUACCAGGGGUACAGCGUGCGGGAUCUUUUGCGUGCACUAAGGAAUAAGAAACAUCACUAUCACGAGCUAACCCCGUCCAUGCAAAGUGCGCUCGGGACGAUACCGCACCAAUUCACCCAGUACUGGAUCAGUCGGUUUCCGCGCCUGCUCUCUCAUAGCUACCAUGCGCUGGCGGACUGCUCGCGGGAACCAAUCUUUAGGCCCUACUACAACGAGGACGAAGAAACGGAGAAUGCGAGUGGCGCUGUCCCUUCUCUGUCCAACGGGUACAAGUUUACCAAACCGAGCUAUUUCAAGGAGGAAAACAACGAUAAUUACGAGCUAAUCCGAUACUACGAAAAUGCUCAGCAGAUGAAAAAUGCCACGAAAAGUCCAAAGCGACGGCCGCCUGCCGGCGCGGACGGCAGUGGACAGGAUGGAGCCACACCGGAACGAAAGCCGGCAAUGGGGGCAGGUCCCAAUAAGCGAGGUACGUAUAAUUUCGGUAAAGCCACUGCCGUUGGCUUCAUUACGCGCCAGCAAAUGCGCGAGCCUGUAGAGCCCGGGACAGCGGGGACGGACGAUCAGCAGCGAUCUUUAACGGUAGCAAAUGGUAACACUAGUGAAGUAAGAGAAUCGAUGAACGCUGAAGGUAGUGCUGCUAAUCAGAGAAGAAGAUACACGCCCACUGGGGGUGAUAAUCAAACUGGUAACCAGAAUAACACAAUGAAACGGCGAGAGGUGCAAGCGAAGGUGACGUGGAACUUAGAUUCCAUGGUGACGCAGACGGAGCAUAGGGAUGAGUAAGUAGUUACGUUCUUUCAUUUCUUCAUAUCUUUUUCACCUGUGGAUGGGGAAAAUGUGACCAUUUUUAGCUUUAUGCGAUUGCGAUGCGAUUCUAGCACCGAUUUUGUCUACAUGAUGUGGAUGAAUGCAAAAAGCGUUUCGAAGCAGGAUGCUGCAGUGCAGCAUUAUUAUCGCAACAUUUGCUUUUUUAACACCUUCCUCUGUGUUGUCUAUAUUGUGAGGCGAGCAGUGAUGCACUUUAUCUUUAUUUGAUCUUCUUGUUUGAUAUUUACUGCGAACGCAACGUUAAAAUUGCGUUAUAGUUUCCCCCAUCUGUACCGGUUUAGUCUUUAGUCACAUUGAUCUAUAAGCACACGUGUUUAAUCUUUAAACAAAUUCUACAAACACACUGCAACAUCCUUCAUAAUCACGUUUUAUUGAGGCAAUUGAUUGUGCCUACAUAUUGUGAUAAGAAGUGAACAACGAUGGAUGAAUCGCUCAUUUCAUGAUGCUGAUGAGAUACCCGGUGCAGGGUAACCGUUUGAUUUGUGCUGCCUCUUCGCUAUUAAGCGAUUUUAGAAGCUCAACAUUGAGAAACUAACCUUCAAACCAAGAUCCCCGGACGAUGUUUCGGAAGGGAGUGAUGCAAUCUAAAUCGUACACUUAAGUCAAAAACACAUUGCGACUUUGUCUGUGAUAUCGUGUGGUAGCGUUUAAUUAAGUAAGUUGAUAUAACAAUGCACUUGUGCGUCACCCAACAUGUCGAUAGUGAUAAUUUUGUACUGACUAAGAGAAAGAGAGAGAGAGAGAGAGAGGACACGAUUAGUGCACUAAAUAGGAAAAUAUACAACACAUGUCGCCGAUUGAAACAUCAAGCUAAUUUAAACAAAGUAAGGGUAGGUUAAUUUGCAGCAGGGCUGGGGAGGAUACUGCUGUAAUGUCGCCAAAAUAAACAAAAAAAAACUGAAAAGUUGUUUGAAAAGUGAACGACAUUCGGUUAUUUCACAAAGUGUAAAAUAAAAAAGCAUUUAGAUUGGGGUAACUUAAACAAUAUUGCUAGUGCCGUUUGAAAACUAAUGUAAUUGAUUUUGGAGUAA